AUGGGCGACGUUGCCGCAGUUGCUUGCUGCGACAUGAGGGGCACCCGCGCGAAGCGUCGCCGCGCGGCGGGCUGCCGAAAGCCCAUGCCGCCGGCGGCCAAGCGCGGGACGCUGCCGCCGGUGCUGCCGAUGGCGGUCAGCCUAGGCGGGCCCGGGGACCAGGUCGUCGUCGCCGCUGCGCGCGUGAACGAGCAGCUGCGCACGGCCGCGCCGCCUCCGGGCUACGCUGGGUUCGUCGCUGGCACGCGCGGCGUGGCGGGGCAGACCUUCGGCAGCACCUGCCUCUCGGCGCGAGAGGCGGGUGCGGAGUGCACGCCGAGGGGGCGGGGCACGCGGCUGCAGAGUGGCGGCGCGGCGCGGCGGCACCAGAGCGGCCACACGGGCCACGGGGCGAGGCCGAGGGCCUGUGCCGGGCGGGCCGGCGAGGCGAGGCGUCGGCUGGCCGAGCCGCCGCCCACGAGGCACCGGCGCCGCGGGCCCGCCCAGGCGCCGAGCCCCCGCAAGCGGGGCGUCAGCCCGACCGCGCCUCACGAGAUGCACCCGCUCGAGGUGGUGUUGUCCACCCGCGUCCCAGGAGACCUGGCAGCGCCGCCGUUGCGCGAACGAGCUACGCGCCCCGAGUCGGCCACUGCCACAGGGUGGCGGAUGCAGUCGCCAUCGCACAGGCACAUGUCCUUCAUCGCCCCUGGUAACAUCGUGUACCUCAUCGCGCUGCUUGAUCAGUUCAUCAGCGCUACGGGCUGCUGGCGCAUGCGCAGCUGCAGUCGCCGCCAGCUCGUCAGUUUGUUCUCCACAUGCGCUCGCCGCAUCGGGACCCCCUGGUGGUGCGCGGAGUCUUUGAGGAGUCAGAUUGUGGUGCCGCUUCUCAGGUACGCGCCCUCGGUGGUCGCCGAGACCAACUUCGAUGGUGCGUGGGGAAGCAACAACGUCGGGAGCCCGUUCGGCGCCCUCGCCCGCUACAUCGGGGUGUUCGGCACUCCCCAGAACACGGCGGCCGGCGGCGCCAGCGCCCAGCCCAUCGCGAUGACGGCGCCCGUCCUCGUCUCCCCGCAGCCGCAGGGCGCCCCUGAGGCCAUCUCCAUGACGGCCCCCGUGCUGGUGAGCGCGCCGGCGGGCUCCCAGCACACGAUCCGUGGCGUUCGUGCUGCCCGCGUCCCUGUACACGAGCGUGGAGCAGGCGCCCCAGCCGACGGACCCCCGGAUCAAGCUGCGGCAGCUCCCGGAGAGGCUCCAGGCGGUGCGCUCGUUCACCUGGAACUUCCAGCCGGAUCGCGCCAGAGAGCAGCUGGCGGAGCUGCUGGCCGAUCUGGACCCAGAGGGGACCGGGACGGCUGGCGGGCGAGGCGCGGGGCGGACGGCGAGGUGGAGUGGCAGGCGGCGGGGUACAACCCGCCCUUCACCCUGCCGUUCCUGAAGCGCAACGAGGUCUGCGUCAACGUCGAGGAACCCAGCGAGGGCUGCAGGCAAUGA